GACGCAGCCCCGGCGGCUUUGUAGAGCGCCUGCGCUGGCCCGGCCCUUCCUCUCUCGGUGCGCCUUUACAGCAUUGCGCUUGGUUUGUGUCGACGAGGCGAGUUAGUUGGAAAAAAAUCUCCAAGAUGAACUUCUUCCUGGAAACACUCAGAUUCAUAGGGCUGUGUCUAUAUUACACACUGGAGUAUAUCUUUUUAUUAUUUAUUCCUGUGCGGAAGAAGAAUGUUGCUGGUGAAAUAGUGCUUAUAACUGGAUCUGGAAGUGGAAUUGGAAGGCUCAUGGCUUUAAAAUUUGCUCGUCUUGGUGCCACUCUAGUUCUCUGGGAUAUUAACGGGGAAGGAAACAAAGAGACAGCCAGACUAGCAAGAAAAAUUGGAGCCAUAAGAGUGCAUAACUACGCUUGUGAUUGCAGCAAGAGGCAAGAGAUCUACCGAGUGGCAGAUCAGGUGAAAAAGGAAGUUGGUGAUGUUAGUAUCCUGAUUAACAAUGCUGGCAUCGUAACAGGAAAUCGGUUUUUGGAGGCUCCAGACUUGCUAAUAGAGAAGACUGUGGAAGUGAACACAAUGUCAAACUUCUGGACUGUGAAAGCAUUUCUUCCAGCCAUGUUAGCCGCUAAUCAUGGACAUCUGGUGACUAUUGCAAGUAUGGCUGGGUUGGUUGGUUCCAAUGGAUUGGCAGAUUACUGUGCAAGUAAGUUUGGAGCUGUUGGCUUCGCAGAGUCUCUGAUGUUAGAGAUGGCGGUACAGGGAAAGACUGGUGUGAAAACCACAAUUGUCUGCCCAUAUUUCAUCAACACAGGGAUGUUUGAUGGCUGUAAAACAAAGUGGCCAAGUUUACUGCCCGUUCUAGAGCCAGAAUAUGUAGCUGAAAGAAUUGUGUCUGGUGUUCUUCGGAAUGAUAUAUAUAUCUUAAUGCCACGAAGCUUAUACUUUUUGUAUGCAUUGAAAAGUAUCUUUUCUACAAAAGCCUUUAUUCCUGCUGCAGAGUAUCUGGGGCUUUUCACUGUUAUGGAUACAUUCAGAGGUCAUACAAAGAAGGCUGAAGACAAACAUCAGAAAACAGGAACAAAAACUCCACGUUCCCUUAACUGACUUGUGUACUGAAAAGCAAACUUAUGGAACUCUGUUCAUGAUGAAGACUUAGACUUCUGAAUGUUUAUGCCAAAAACAUCAACGCUGGGAUGAGUCAUUAAGUAAGAAGUAAAACCUACUUUAGAACCAAAUUCCAUUGAUAGCGAAAUAUAAGUGACUUUAAUUACAACUAAUUUUAACAUUGCAGUGCCUCUAUUAUAUAUGGCUUAUCAACAGUUUUAUUGCAAUAAAAUUACUUCUUUGAUACGGUAUUUUACUGUAUUAAGGUUUCUAUAGCUUUUCUUUUUACAAACAGUGACAAUACUGAAGUUAUGCUUUUCUUAACUCAUAUGAUUUCAGGAGUUAAAGAUACCUGAGAGAUUAUUUAAACGUUGUUAAUGCUCAUAAUAUUGGUGAAAGUGAAUUGGGAAGAGCAAUAACUGAUCAAAUAAAAUAUGUAAUAGAUAAA